CACCAGCCUCCGAGUUCCCGCCUUCCCGGCGGCGCCGCGCGCAGGAUCAAACCGUCAGUUACCGGGGCGGAGGGAAGCGAGGGGCGAGCCAUCCCCCCGGGCGGGGAGGGCCGGGCCGGGCAGGGCGGUGGGGGCCGCCGGCGCGGGAAGCGGCGCGGCUGGCGGGGGAAGGAGGCGGAGGCGGCGUGCGGCCGCAGCCAGGCCCCGGGGAUGCCCAGGGCGAGGAGCAGGGACGGCCCCGCCGGACGCCCGCUGCCACCCGGGGGCGGUGAGGCAGCCCGUGCCCGGGGGCCGUCACCUCAGGGAAACGGCCGGAGCUAGGCUCCCCUGGCGCGGGUGGCAGGAAGGGACGGCUGGUGACAAAGGGUGGCGGGUUAGGAAGGCUGGCAGCGGGGCAGGCCGCAGGCAGUGCUGGGGCUGUGCCUGCCCUCCGGCCCCUGUGCAGAAGCAGAGGGUGCUUUGAGCCCAAGGGCAUCCUGAACCCCCGUACCAGGGCGCUGCGCAGCCGAAGCCUUCCAGUGCCCUGGCCAAGGGGUGCUGGGGAGCUGCCGCCAAAAGUGGGGUACGCUGUAGCUGCCAGCCCCGUUGGGGUGUCAGCGGGAGGAUCCCAUCCGCGGGGACACUGCGCGUGGAACAGAUUCUCAAGAGUAUGUGUCAUUGGGGUCAUGUCCCUCACAAUCGCCACCCAAAGAUGCCUUCCUGGAGUACUGAAAAUAUUUUGCAAGGAGUUAAAAGAGUAUACCACAAGUAGAAAAAAACUUUUACAAAUUAGAAUAUAAUUAUAAUUAAAUAACCUAAAUACUGUUAUACACAUUCAGUUAAAUUGUAAUUUAAAUGAUGACGUUAUGGGCACAUGGCAUCUACAUGUGGCUAAAUUUGGCCUUUGGUAUUGAUAUGUAACAGUUAAAAGAACAAGAGAUUGGUCAACUUUGGUGAGUUGGCAGGGGUUUACUAACCUUCCUACAAUGUACUAAGGUCACUAGAAUGUAGGGAAGAGACUUAGUUGCUACAUAUUUGAGGUCUGGGAGUUUAGAUAAGGGGAUGUAGAACCAUAAUGGGAUGUCAUAAAUAACUUUGGGCAACGAUAAACGACUGCUACAAAGGAAGGUAUAUGUUUCCUUUAACUAAAGAACAGGAUGGUGUCUGUCAGAACAGUAAGUUGUAAGUCAGCAGAAAUGAACCGCCCGUGUGCAAGAGACCCCGGGUCGAAAGUUUAUGCUGACAAAGACUUCGAGCCUUCAUCAGAAGACCCCCGAGAAGACCCUCAAGGUGGCAGCACGGGUGCGUGAAGAGGCAGAAAAAUACGUAAAACGGUUUGGGAAACAGUUUAAAUAUGUAUUAGUUUUCUGGGAAAUGUUAUGCAUAUGUAUUAGGUAGUAUCAUAAAAAUACUGGGAAUGGAGCUGAGGUGUGCAUACGGGGAGGAGCGAUCCCCUAUGCACCCAGUGUUGCAAAUAAAGAAUACUUGCUUAAUAACGACUCUGUUGUUACUGAGUUUUUAUCUCAGAAUCCUGGCUCAGCUGCACCUACCCCCCCGCUUCAGCCAGGAGUGCUGGAAGGCAAGGGUCUGGGAAACUCCAAAUUUUGGUAUCUAUCUGGCGACGCAGAUGGGACCCUCUUUGCUUGGCUGAAGGACCCACUGAGAACAGGGCUCCCUGGGGUGCCCCUGGGAUUUCCCAGAGGGACCCCUCACUGGGAUCACUGCGGGAGCAGACAAGGACCAUCUUUGGGAAAGGUGAUCCUCUACAAGAGAAGUGGAAUGGACCCUAUUGAGUUUUGUUGGCCACCUUUACUGCAUGCAAUCAAGAUAAAGGAGGAACCUGCGUGGAUAUAUUAUUGACGGGUAAAGAAAUCUCUGGAGACACAAUGGACUGCCAAAAGGAUCAGGGACACCUGUAUAAAGUUAUUCCGAUCUUGAUUGUAACAGCUGUAAGGAUUUUAGAAACUGAAGCGUGGGUAAACAAUACCCGUCUUCAAACAUUGCAAAUGAUUGUUAAUGCUACGAAGGCUAAGGAAUGCUGGAUAUGUACCUCUCUUCCUACAGGAGGGCUGGUAACACCCCUGUAUGGGGUGGCCUCUCAAAACUGGAAUUAUCUUGAUGGCAAAUGGCCUACCUGGCCAGACUUUUGGAAAAAGCCAGGCGAUGGUGGAGGAUAUUGCCUAUUUGAUGAUAAAACAUAUGAGUUGGGGCCCAGAUUUGAUUUACAAAUAUUAAACCUAACCACCACGGUAUUUAUGAAAAGUGAUAAUAACUGUCGUUGGAAAGCUCGAAGCAAGACAGGAGGAGCAUGUCCUGGAAACCCAGGGCAAAACACUUGUUCCCAGUCUGAUGGGUGGAAUGAUUACUGGAUAAAUAGAACUACCGUCCACGUGGGAAAUUGGAAUGUUGAUCAAAUUGGAAAUAUAACUGUAAUAGAUUUUUGUAACAGCACCCAAUUACAAGGUUAUAAUCCAUCAGGACAAGAUGCUAAUUGGGCAUACGGUUGGUGUAAAGCAGGGAGAUUUUUGGGAGCAAAUUUAACUGCGACACACGGGCCCUGUAAACUUCCUCAAGGAUACUGGUGGUUAUGUGGGGAUGGGUUUAGCAGAAAGCAGCUUCCCCCAGGAUGGUCAGGUAUGUGCACCAUAGGAUAUUUAACCACUCAAGAUCAAAUUUAUAACCAGACGUCUCCUCCUCCAGGGAUCUAUCAUAAUGUCUGGAGACGUAUUAAGAGAGAUGAAAACCCCAUUGUUAUAAGAAAUAUGGGAUACCAUAGUUUUGUUAGGUGGUUUAUUCCAUGGUUAGGAGUUAGUGAAUUAGAAAAGGCAGCAGUGAACAUGUCUGCAGAAAUUGAACAAAUGUUUAAUUUAACAACAGAUGCGAUAAAUAGAUUGAACCAGGAAGUGAAAUCUUUAAGUAAGGAGGUAAUCCAGAAUAGAAUGGCCCUUGACUUAAUUACGCUAAAGGAAGGAGGGGUAUGCAUGAUAAUAAAUCAAAGUUGUUGUGUAUACGUAGACCAAAGUAAUCAAAUUGAAACAGAUAUCAAUAGGAUAUGGAACAAGGUUCAGAUUUUACAUAAAGUAAGCCAAGAUGAUACUUAGUGGGGUUUUGAAGAGGUUUGGAAGACGUUAAUAUCAUGACUUCCAAACCUUCUAUGGCUAAAAAAAAUAUUUGCUAGAACAGUAAUAUUAGUAAUAAUUACCUGUAUCUUGAUUCAGUGUACCUUUUGGUGUUGUAAACAAUCAUUGACUGGGUAUGAUGACAUAUUUAAAAAGAAUAAGAUAAGACAUCAGGUAUAAACAGGAAAAUAUUUUAAACAGACAUUAAAUGGAAAUGGCUAAAUAUAAAAUUUUGCAAAAGAAUUUACAAAGGACAGAAAAAGGGGGCAUUGAUAUAUAAUGGUUAAAAGAACAAGAGAUUGGUCAACUUUGGUGAGUUGGCAGGGGUUUACUAACCUUCCUACAAUGUACUAAGGUCAGUAGAAUGUAGGGAAGAGACUUAGUUGCUACAUAUUUGAGGUCUGGGAGUUUAGAUAAGGGGAUGUAGAACCAUAAGGGUAUGUCAUAAAUAACUUUGGGCAACGAUAAAUGACUGCUACAAAGGAAGGUAUAUGUUUCCUUUAACUAAGGAACAGGAUGGUGUCUGUCAGAACAGUAAAGUUGUAAGUCAGCAGAAAUGAACCGCCCGUGUGCAAGAGACCCCGGGUCGAAAGUUUAUGCUGACAAAGACUUCGAGCCUUCAUCAGAAGACCCCCGAGAAGACCCUCAAGGUGGCAGCACGGGUGUGUGAAGAGGCAGAAAAAUACGUAAAACGGUUUGGGAAACAGUUUAAAUAUGUAUUAGUUUUCUGGGAAAUGUUAGGCAUAUGUAUUAGGUAGUAUCAUAAAAAUACUGGGAAUGGAGCUGAGGUGUGCAUACGGGGAGGAGCGAUCCCCUAUGCACCCAGUGUUGCAAAUAAAGAAUACUUGCUUAAUAACGA